AUGUGCCUAUUCUAGGGCAAAGCAAAUACCCUUAAAGCAGGAGAAGAUAAGGCGGAGAAUGAAUAAAUGAUUAUUUAUUGGAUACUAUAAUAAGAUUCUAAAGCGAUUUAAAAGAAAACAAAUGAAAUUAAAUUUUCGCUUGGAAUAUAUGAAAAACCUUAUUCAGCAUUUAAUUUGGAUUAUUUAAAAUGGUAAUAUUAUGAAAUAUUGGUGUACAAAUUUAACUGA